AUGUCCAAAGAAAGUUCCAAUCAUGGGCCUCAUAUGCCGACCUGUCCACCUACAAGCUCACCGACGAAAUCACACGAAACGGGCUGCACCACUGACAUACCGAACCGGGACGCCAGCAAACAGGUGACCGAGUCGCAACAUGAUCUCUCACACGCGGACCCAACGCAUGGCAUGACUUACUCUCCUCCCUCAACACAUGAUGCCUACUCAAUACUUUCAAGUCGAUAUCAACUGUCGUCGUGCCCACCAACCCUGGAGGAGAUCGAUGAGGAGACGAAAAAGCUCAUCAACCAGGUCAUGCCUUCCACAGGCGCCCAUCCGGCUUGGCUGUGUUUUCGCGAAGCCGACACACAGCCUCCGAUCACACAAGAGUCGCUCGCAGAACUCGACAUGCCACGGAUCAUCAACAAUCCGAAGCUCAGACACGACGUCAACUUUGACAAGGAACUGCAUUUCCGGCCGAACCUGGACGGAUCGAAAGGCAAGCAGAAGAUGGCAAAGGCAGAUCAGUAUUGGAGAGCGCUGGAGGCUGAGUUCGUGUUGUACGGGCAGGUACAGUUUGGAAGAGCACAAUCACUUGAGAAUGAGGCGUACUGGGAUCGAAUCAUGGAGGCCUCGCUGAAGCGGUUACCGUCGGUGUUCAAGGCCAUCCAAGAGAUCCUGAAGACGCUCGUGCCGGACUAUGAUCAAAAGGCCGUACAAGAACGACUGGACGUCGAUCAUAUCAUGCAACAGAUCCAGAACGGCGUGUGUGACUUGAUCGAUCUGGGGAAUUGGCUGGCCAAGGUCCUCAAAAAUCAUUGUGCGCCGAUGAGGGACUCGCUGGUGGACGGCAUGCAGAAGGAGAUUCGAAGAGGCGCUACGGAGAAUCGGGCGGAGAAGUUGGUCAAUGGCCUUCGCCAACUCAUGACGAUCCUUGAAGCGAUGAAGUUGGACGUUGCGAAUCACCAGAUUCGACACAUGCGCCCGCUCCUGAUCGACGACACGAUCAACUUCCAGCGUCGAUACAAUUCGCAUCGCAUCGGACUUGGAAAGAUUGAUGUCGAUUCGGCGAAGACAUGGCUCCGUCGUGAAAUGGACAAUCUUGUGACUCUCAACCAUAAUCCGACACAACUCCAGGCCCUCACCUCCGGCAUGCUACGCGACCUGAUCUACAACCCCGAAUCGUCCUCCUCCUCGUCCUCGCGAUCCUCUACGCCUCCGACAUUCUAUCUCGACUCGGAUCGCCUGCGAACUCUGAGAUCCGACUUUCACGCUCAGGUCUACCAUUCAAUCUGCCGCGAAAUCAUGUUCCAAAGUUCCCCAAUUUCUCGAAUCAACAUUUCUGCCGCAACCUCGCACGCCGCCGCAUCAAAGCUCCAACGCUCUCUGACAUCCAUCGUCGGCGCGACGACACUUCACCGCUUUCCUGACAAGACUGAGAACAUCGCUGUCGAAAUCCUGCGUGUGAUGCAGCGUUUCCUAAUGCCCCACGAUACAACACAACAUCCCUUUGACAGCGAUCUCCUUUACCGCAUUGAGUCAAGACUACGAUCUACUCUGCACUGCGGCUCCGACAGCUUUCUCGAGUGUGCCGAGCAAUUGUUUUCCCGACUCGAGCCCGGCCUUCAAAGAAAAGUCAACGAUCACCGUCGUUUCACAGCCGUAGACCUGCAAGACAUGCUAGCCAUCAGCACUUCCGGCUCGAGCGGCACCUCCUCGACUUCAUCCUCUUUCUCACCAUCCGGAGCGACACCGACCUUGAUCUCACUCUCCGCUAUUGGGGCGAAACUUACACCUCCUGGAUCUUCCGCUCCGAACAACCCUUUCGACUCCCAUUCCAACCCGUCCGACGGCCAAUCGACCGAAUGCUUCCUCGACAACGAGACGGAAGAAGACCUCCUUCGUCGGCUGGCGCAUAUACUCGUUCUGCACUGGCAAGUGUGGGCAGACCUGGUGUAUCUUUCUGUGGAACCGACGACCCUGGAUCAUUCGCCAGGGAGGUGCGAGACGCCGGCUAGUACCCCAUCGUCCGGAGUUUCACCCGCGGGAUCGAGGGAGAGCCUGAAUGGAGACGGGGCGGUCUUGAGUCACGCAGGAAGUUGUACUUCACUAGGAUUUGGCGGAGAAAGAGAGGAGAGGAGCCGGUUGGACGAGAGAGAGUUGUUCUGUGGUGGACAGGACGGCGUUUGGCGGAGCGAAACCGAGGAUGAGGUGGAUAUGAGCGCAGCAGACGACGAUGGCGAUGUGGAGAUGAGUGAUCGCGAGAACAGCCCUCAGUGA